AUAAAAUGUAGUGCACCCUUUUUUAAAUAAUUUGAUUGUACGCAAAGAUAAUAUUUUCAACAGUUGAACUGGAAGUAAUGAUAGCAAUGACCACUAGGAGUCGCAAAAGAUGUGAGGAAAAGAAAACCAGCGAAGAAGAGAAGGAAAUUACCGGGUUUUGAACGCUCCGCCUGUAGUGUUCAUUAAUACCGUUACAUCAUCAUUAUGGUUUGUUUUGGUUAGAUAUCUAAAGAUUCUGUGAAAGAGGACGCCACUUCGGUUUCAGAAAGGUGAGUGAGGACACAGUGUAGCCAUGGCAGCUGUACAGUCUGUCCUGAUGUUUGCAGUGUGCGUCCUCGUGAUAACAGAGCUGAUUCUCGCCAAGAAGGAUUACUAUGAUAUACUGGGAGUGCCCAAAGGUGCAACAGAACGCCAGAUAAAGAAGGCUUUCCACAGGCUUGCAAUGAAAUUUCACCCCGAUAAAAACAAGAGUCCAGAUGCUGAAAUAAGAUUCAGAGAAAUCGCUGAAGCUUAUGAAGUUUUGUCCGAUGAGAGCAGAAGAAGAGAGUACGAUCAGUUCGGCGACGACGUGUACACAGGAGGGGAGACGCAAAGACCAGGCACCCACCAACCCUUCACCUUCAACUUUGACGACAUGUUUAAGGACUUCAACAUCUACAGCCAGAACAGACAUUCUCGCCACAGGCGACACUUCGAAGAACACUCCAAAUCCCACAAGGAGUCCCAYAGCCGACGCAGGAGACACUUUCAGGGCGGCUUCGGGGCGGGGAUCCUCGACGACAUGUUUGACGACGUGGACAGAAUGUUUACUUUCGAUAGACACGCCAAACAGACUGAAGGCAGGUUUCACGGUACAACGAAGCAGCACUGCAGAACUGUAACCCAGCGCAGAGGAAACAUGGUGACCACUUACACGGACUGCACCGCAUCGUAAAGUCAUUUAUGACCUAACCUGCUUCAACGAGAUCGGUAAUGCGGUGUUGUCAGGAUCAUUCAGCAGAAAGUGGGUUGCAAGCUAACACUCGCUUUAGAGAUGGCUUUGCUCUAAAUUCAAAUGAGCUUUAUUGUGAAUGAAUGUAGUGAGUUUUGCUUACUGUUUGUGUAAGUUGAAAGAAAGUUGUUGUUUUUUUUUCCGUGAAGCAAGCACCUUUGAGUUUUGACAAGAAUUCACGUGUCACAUCAUUUAUUUUUAGUUUAGGAUCCGCUUUGUCUUCCAUUACAACUGAAGUUUUUCAAAUGGAAAACAGGAAUCACAAUAACCUACCUUCCUCUACAUGUUGGUUAUUUAAACCUGUGUCUCAGCAUUUUUUCCACAUCCUCUUGAAACACUCCUACAUUGUAUGGUGCUAGUAAUAUUUUGUUUUAAUGUUUUUAUUGUAAUGUUUAUGGUCAAUGUUUUUUUGGGGUUUUUUUCCCAGUGCACUAGGUGCAAAGUAAUUUAUCUGUGAAACAAAAAACUCUAGUAUCAUAGAUAUGUUUGUGUGUCAGAGUUUACAUCAAGCGGGGCAGUGGAACUGUUAAGAUUAAAACAAUGCACCCUAAAGAUGAGUGCUCAAUUCGUAGACAGCGGGACGUCCUGUCUCGGUUCUUGAAAACACUUCUUUAAAAGGAUAGCUUUAUUUCCUUUUAACUUUAAUCUUCCUAUCAGACUGAACCACAGAGAGCUUGUUUGAAUCGGGAGAACUGUUUUUGAAAACCUGGAAAGCAUGUCCAACUGCUCUGUUUUUUUUUUUGUUUUGUUUUUUUGAGUCACUUGAAUAUGAGCUGUAUAACCUUAACAUCUAUACUCACUAAUAAAACUGUUAGGGCCAAGUAAAUUCUUAAUAUAAAUCCUUGUCCAGUGUUGAUAAAUUUCUGUUUUUCAUAUGUUGGUUUGUUACUGUAAAAUAUCUAAAGACGCUUUAAAUGUUGUAAAUCAAUUGUAAGAACAAAACUAUUGGUUUAGAGUUAAGUUGUAAUCACAGAUGGGAUGAGUGACUAAAUUUAAAAACAUUGAUUUGAAUUUUGAACAUUUUACCAUAAAUACACAAUCCUGACAGCAGGAAUUAUAUUGUUAUUGGUAAUUGUCAAUCAUUCCCUGUGAUUGUGAAAAUUGUACAACAGAGACUCCACUUCCUGAGGAAACUAAAUCAAACAUCACUUCCUACCAACAGGACAUGUUAGACAUGUUAUAGCUGGGACUUUCCUUGCCAGGAUAUUAAACUGCUAAGCUGAAGACUUA